AUGUCAGUAUUCCCUGCUUCUCCCACAGAGAAUCUACGUGCGCCAGAUCCAUUGGAACCGAGUUUACCUCACUGUGAUGCUAGACAAUGCAAAAUCGAGGAGAUCCAUGAAGACGACGUCAUCUACAGUACAAUAAUGUUGAAAACCUUGGAAACCGUAACUACAAUAACCGUGUUAGCCGUAAGCUCAUUCCUACUCGUGGUUCUACUCAUUGGACAUCGCCGUUUCACCGUGAGUCCAGUAAAGAGCCUCUGA